AGUUAAACUUCAUCGAUCCUUGUUGCCCUUAUGUUUCACUUUCAAUUGAUUAAGGAGCUAGCCAGAGAAUAAAAAACAAAGUAACAAUCCAUGGAGGACGAAAAUGCCACAAUCACAAACAACAAGCACAGAAAGAAGAGAAUAGUACUCCCUUUAACCACAUUACCUAUUGGCGGUGAAGGUGGGAUUGCAGGGCUUCUCGUGUUUGGUGGAGCCUUGGCCAUUGGAGGUGUCAUGGCUGCCAUGUCUCUCUCAAACAACAAAAGGAAGGCAAAGGCAAAGGGCACCAUUAUUCAUCACCAACCUAAACCCCAACAACUAUUCUUGGAUAAUGAUGAUGGGCAUAACAUUGAAGACAAUCAUCAAACCACCCAAACUCACAUUCAACUUGCAAAUGUUACAUGCUGUUGGACAUCUAAUAAGAGUAUCAACCAAGUUAGUUCCUCCGAGUUGCUCUCUGUCCCACCUUUGACUCUGGAGAAAAUUGACCUCCAACCCAAUAGAGCAGAGGAGAGCCCCAUCAGUGUUCACCAUCAGGAAAUUGUGUUCUCUGACUAUUCACGCCCGGAAAGCGCAACAUCCUCAAACGAAAAUGGGGCUGCAGAGGAAUGCUUGGAGUCAUUGUUGGAAAAGGAUGAACCUCAAGAAGGCCUAACAUCCGCAGAUACAGAGUCAGAAACAGAGACAGAAACAGAGGAGGAGGAGGAAGAGGAUGAUGAUUCCGAUGAUGUAACAGAGAUCAGUGAAGAAGAAACAGGCUCAACCUCCAUGGAUUACAACCAGGAGCCAAUUUGGCCUGCAAAGCUGAUACGCGAACCAUUCGAGAGAGAUCACUCUGACUAUGCAAUGAGAGUAGGGAAAGGAACAAUUUUAAAGGAGAAAGCAAAUUUGUGUAUGGAGCUGAAUGAUCAUCGACGACCAUCGGUGAUGAUGACAACCUGGGUUAUUCCCAUGUUGUUGAUAGCGUUGCUGUUGCUCCUGGUUCUGCUGAACCGUCGUCCACAGCCGGCGGAGGCAAGGCGUGACAUGGGGCCAUGGGGGACAUGGCAAAUACCCCCAGGAGCAUGAAAAUAUAUGAGAGCUUGAACCAUCCACGCCACUAGCAAGAUCUGUUACCACUAGUAUUACAACUUUGUUUUUUGUUUGUUAUAGUUGUAUGUUUUAAUAUAUUUCCAUAUAAAUAAGACUCCUUACAUAUUUAGGUUUU